CCCAGAGGGGUCCAGCUCUAUAAAGCCGCCGUCCGGCCCAAGGACUGGACACUUUGGCCAAGAUGCAGGCUUUGCUCGGCACUCUCCUCCUCCUCCCGCUGCUCUUCGCCACCGGCCAGGCCCAGUGCCCGGCCCCCAACGAGCUCAAGAACCCGAACCCCAACGGCACCAAGGUCUGCGCCCAGAUGUACACCGACGACAGCCCCUACUACGACCUCUGCUGCGGAGGGAGCCUCCUGAUGGCCGUGGCGGGCGAAGACCAGCCGUACAUGCCCGCGGCUUUCAACAACAAGAUCUCCUCGCUGGUGGUGGGCCAACGCUGCGAGCUGACCGUCUGGUACAGGAAGGGCAAGGGGGGCAACACGCGGAAGUUCAAGGCCGGCGCCUACCCGCGCCUGCAGGAGUUCAAGAGAGGCGUCUUCGGCGACUGGGACGACUCAAUCUCCGCUUACUACUGCAAGUGCAACUGAGCCGGAGCCACGGAGGGAGCCGCCGCCACCGUCCUGUCCAUCCUCGCUCAGGUCACCCCAGAGUCCCCCCCCCACCCCGCAUCUCAAGGCCCCAGAUCGUCUCUCCUGCCCGCCUCCCGUAGCAGCGGCAGCUCAACUUGGCAGCCCCCCCAGAGGCAGAAGAACGCGCAGCCCGGGGACCGGCCC